GCCUCCGGGUCAAAGUUUGCAAAAUGGCAGCUCUUUUUGCUCUCACCCGUGGAAGAUGUUUCACACCCUUUCUGGCAAAAAAGACGUAUGGUUGUUCCCCAAUCUUGCGCUGUUUGAGCUCUCACUCUGAUGAUAAAUAUAUUCAGCGCAGUAUUGUGCCAACCUAUCACUUUCAACCAAGCUUACCACGGUUACCCAUACCUAAACUAGAAGACUCUUGCCGUCGCUACCUUGAUGCACAGAAAGUUAUAUUAAGCCCAGAAGAAUAUGAAAAUACCAAAAGACUUGUAGAGAAUUUUAAGCAGAAUGAAGGACCAGAACUACAAAAGGAACUUAUCUUCAAAGAUAAACAGAACAAACACACUAGUUACAUCUCAGAGCCCUGGACUGACAUGUAUCUUAAAGAUCGAAGAUCUGUUAUGUUAAAUCAUAAUCCAUUUAUGACUUUCAAACAAGAUUCAAAUACUGACAACAACCAUCAGUUGGUAAGAGCAACAAACUUCAUAAUUUCCUCCAUGAAAUUCAAGAAUUCUUUAGACGAAGAAAUUUUAGAUCCUGAAAUAUUUCACUUGAAUCCAAAGAAGAGUGAUACUGAUUGGUUCAAAAGAGUAAUACGAUUUGUACCAUCAAGCCUGUCAUGGUAUGGUGCUUACUUGGUGAAGGCAUUUCCUUUAGAUAUGAGUCAAUAUACUCGUAUGUUUGCGUCAACUCGGAUACCUCAAUCUGGCAGAGAUAAACUUAUUACAUAUGCAGACAGCAGACAUAUUCUAGUUAUUCAUAAUGGAAAUUAUUACACCCUUGAUGUCAUUGAUGAAGCAGGAACCAUACGCCCGGCUUCAGAAAUCUUAAAGAAUCUUCAAGCUAUCGUGUUGGAUGAGACGGGAGACUCUCAAUAUCCUGUGGCAGUUCUAACUUCUGAAGAUCGAGACUCCUGGACAUCAACACGUCAAGAACUAGAAACUUUGAUGAGCAACACAGAACCUCUGAAGAUGAUUGAUAGUGCUUUAUUUGUUCUCUGUCUUGAUCAAGAUGAGCCAGAGACACCUGGAGAGGUCACAAAAGUUUUCCUUCAUGGUGAUGGAAAAAACAGAUGGUUUGAUAAAUCAAUUCAACUGAUAGUCUGUCGUAAUGGUUUGUCAGGCGUACACUUCGAACAUGCCUGGGGUGAUGGUGUUGCUGUGUUGAGAUAUUUCAACGAAAUACAUAAAGAUUCCAUUGAUAAUCCAGCUUGUUCUAGUUCACAGCUUGCGUCACUUGACUUGUCUGCUUCCACAUUCAGAAAACUGGAGUUCACUCUUCCCUCUGGUUUUGAAAGUAAGAUAAAAGCAGCGAAGGAAAACUUUGAUGAACGCGUAAAUAGUUUGGAUAUGGAGACUUUACAGUUGUCCACGUUUGGUAGAGAAUAUCUGAAGAGAAAGAAGAUCAGUCCAGAUGCUGUCAUGCAGUUGGCAUUUCAGAUGGGUUAUUACCGUCAACAUGGCAAGUUUGUUGGAACCUACGAGUCUUGUAGUACAGCGGCUUUCAAACAUGGUCGUACCGAGACUGUGCGACCAGCGUCAUUAGCCACUGUGGCCUGCAGUCAGGCGUUUGAAACAACCCACAAAGCAGGUGUGGAUGAAAUGAACAAUUUAAUCCAAAAAGUGUCAGAUUAUCACAAUCAAUUGAUUAAAGAGGCAGCGAUGGGUCAAGGUUUUGAUCGUCAUUUCUUCGGUCUUCGUCAUCUUGCCGAGUCCUCAGGAAAGGUACCUAAAAUCUUUCAAGAUCCCUCGUACACCCGUCUUAACCAUAUUAUUCUAUCCACAAGUACCCUCUCGAGUCCUAGUGUAUUGAUGGGAGGUUUUGCGCCCGUGGUACCUGAUGGACUAGGUAUUGGGUAUAGUAUCUCUGAUCAUGAGCUUGGUUGUAAUGUUUUAAGUUACGGUCUGCCGACGGACGUUGGAGGAUUCCUCAAAUGUGUAGAAUCUAGUCUCGAAGAUUUAUAUGAAGUGAUGGAUGGGCGAAAUUUUAAAAAUAAAUCUGGUUGAUGACCCCACACUACAUAUUGCGUAUCCACGAGGGCAGAUCUGUAGAAAUAUUGACCUUAAGUUUCAACUCUCUCUUAACAGUAUUGUAUCCCUACUCUAUCUGUUAAAAUUUUGUUAAGCUGGAAGCCUGGGAUCCAGUGAAGAUAUAAUAUAGACCAGCGCAAAUCAGAGCAGCUAAAAACCUGUGAUAAUGGUUUACUAUAAUAAGACUAAAUAACUGCAAGAUAUUUGUACUGAUUAACGCGACUCAAAUUGAGCAAGAUCGUAUUAUUUGGGGCCGGUUUUUCGAAACUAGUUUAGUACAAACAGUGAGAUUUCCCGAGUAUUAGUGAUGUUUAUACAUUCAACAGAAAACAAAACUAGGAUAUUUGAACGAAAACUAUAACAACCAUAACGGAACGCUAUAUUUAUUUAACGAGGUUUUAUUUCUGAAACUGUUGGUCUAAUUUGAUCUUAUACAUCUCCUGUGUCAAGCAGCCCCCUGUAUGUCAUAUUGCACGGUUCAAAAGCUAUUGGUCAUUAUUUUUAUGCCACCAAAUAUUUUAGACGGGAAAGACAAUGAAUGUUUUUUAUUAGGAAUGUAUUCAUAAUUGUCCCCAAUCUGUUACUGACUGAUCAGAUGUUUGAAACGUAAUUGCGACGCCUGCUUCGAAAAUGACCGUCGUGAGGCUUUUAGGGUGGACUUCGGACGCAUUUGGAAACCAUUAACGUGAAUUAUUCGAGAACACCAAGUUAGUUUAGAUUAAAAAGCAAAAACUUAUCAUUAUUCACAGUUUGAUAAUAAAUGAAAGUUCAAGAUAAGAUUUAAUCCAUUUGUCUGUGGCUAAUGAUGGUAUUACGCCCAUAAGAAACAACAACAACGCCCAAACAAUUGACAUUCACGAAGACGGAAGAUGGAAGACCUGUCUUCAAAAAUUAAUCAGUUGUUUUUCAAUCGUGUUUUGAAGAAUAUGCAAGGCUUUAUUCAACAAAUAGUCAAAUUGUUUCAAACCUAAGGACAAAUCUUCUCUAAGAAAUGUGUAUUUGAUCUUCCAUAAUAAAAUAUUGUUUAUGUGUAACUUCCAUGAAACUAGAUGAUCGUAAAUAGCGAGGAUUUCUAGGAUAAACGUGCAUUUAAAUAUGCCAACAAUUGCAAAGUUUCUAAGCAAAGUAAUAUAGCGGCUUUGCAAACCAAAGCACUAGAUAGUAUACUAUCUAUACAUUGGUCUUACGGCACCUUAUAGAAUUCUAUUUUAACUGAACUAUGUUCACAAUGUUACGAGGGUCAGGAGAGUUAGUAUUAAAAGAGAAAAAUAAGAGGUGUUUUAGUAGGCUUUCUUCAUAUCCAUUUUCAUCUUCUAUUCACCACAAAAAAAUCAAUUAGCGAUAGAUCACGAUUAGAUUAAUCAAUGAGACUAAAACAACCCAUGUCUCAUAACAUCCCAUGUACGCGUGAGACUAUCUGGCGAACACCUGAAUGCAGGAUAUCAGAAAGC